AUGAAUAACGGCUUCAGUGGUGUAGGCAGUAACGCGUUGGAAAUUCUGACAUUUGCCUCCAUAUUUUACAGAAAGCCAAGGUUUCCACCACACAUACCAACUCUGAUUGACCAAGGUCCUCCAAAACUAUUCCGUCUACAUACAGAGAGAAAAUUGCUUGAUGAAAAUGGAAAAGUCAGAAAAUGGACUUAUGGGGAAAAAGAUGUCAGAAAACAAAACGAAAUUGUUCUGCUGUUGGGAGAGACUGGCGUUGGCAAGACUACUCUUGUCAACACGAUGGUCAACUACUUACUGGGAGUGAAGUUUGAGGAUGAAAUAUGGUAUGAAAUUACAGAAGAAACAGCUGGAGAUCAAGCAGAAUCACAAACCUCUGAAAUCACUGUGUAUGAGGUCUUUCCUGUAAAUAGUCACAUGUCUCUCACCAUCAUUGAUACUCCAGGCUACGGAGACACUAGAGGACUGGACAAAGAUCUGGAGGUUGCUGAAAAUUUAGCUACUCUGUUUCAGAGCAAUGAUGGAGUUUGUGAAGUCGACGCUGUGUGUUUUGUGAUUCAAGCAUCUAAGAAUCGUCUCUCAGACAGACAGCAUUACAUUAUCAGUUCAGUUCUCUCUUUGUUUGGAAAAGACAUUGUGAACAACAUUGUGUUUUUAAUCACACACUCUGAUGGUCUGCCACCCAAAAAUGUACUUGAUAGCAUUAAUAAAGCUAAAAUCCCCUGCAGACGAGACAAAAGUGGCCAACCUGUUUAUUUCUUAUUCAACAACCGGCAGGCUGAAGCCCAUCAAAAUGAGAGACGUUACAUUCGUGCUCAAAGAGAUGCCUGGAAAGACAGCAUGGAAGAGAUGAAGCAAUUCCUUCAGUCUCUGAAUGAAAUGAACAGAAAAAAUUUAGAGUUGACUUCAGAUGUCCUGAUGGAGCGCAUUCGAUUUGAAGCAACUAUCUGCAACUUACAGCUGCGAGUUCAAGAAAAAGAGUCAAAGAAGUCUGAAAAACUUCAGAUUCAGGAGGCAAUAAGAAAAAACAAGGAAAAGAUUGAGAGGUGUAAAAACUUCACCAUUAAUGUCAAAAAGGCUGUCAAAAUGAAGGUGCCCAUUGAGAGCAAGUCAUGGAAGAAUAAGAAGGCGACGACCUGCACCGUCUGUGAGGAAAACUGUCAUGAGUUUGACUGCUGGUGGGUUUCUGAUCCCAGCAAAUGUGAAGUCAUGAAAAAAGGCUACUGCACCGUGUGCACAGGGAAGUGUCAUUACAGCAAACAUGUCAGAGAAAACAAGAAAUAUGUCAUUAGCAUCCUAAGCACAACGAUCGAGUUUGAUGAUUUUAGAAAGGAAUAUGAAAAAGCCCAAGAACAAACAAAGACAUAUUUGUUUUUAAUGCAAUAUCUUGAUAAAGAUCUGAAGAAGAUUGAAAAACAAAAGUCAAAUCUUCUGUCCGAAGCUUACCAGACCAUCAAGCAUCUGUCUCAGAUCGCAUUAAAACCAGACUCUGCCUUCACUCUUCAGCAUCUCGACUUCUUUAUCCCCAGAGUGAGGGAGGCUGGGAAAGAAGAAUGGGUCCGAGAGCUGGAGGAGAUGAGGAGGAAAGCUGUAGCUGAUGAAGCCAAUAAUGAUGCUCUGAGUUAUCUUAAAUGUGGCCUGACAAAACUUUUCUUAGAUGAACAAAAAAAAUUACAGGAAAAAAGGAAGGAAAAGGAAAACUGUGAUCCCAAAGUACACUAA